CGCAUUGAGCGACGUAUUUUCCCGGGCUUUGUAUGUUUGGCUCUUCUGUUAGUUCGUAAUAUGCACUUCCAUAGAAUUCCGAUGGUGUGGGUAUGAAUGAGGUCGUUACAAGAUGGCUUCUUGUUUCAUCUUCAUACCAUCAAGACUGGUUGGACGGCAACAACCAUGGCAUCAAACCAACUCGUCCACUUGUACGCUAAGCAUGGCUUUAUACAAGAAGCUCACAAACUGUUCGAUGAAAUUCCCGACCGAAAUGUCUUCUCCUGGAACACAAUAAUUUCCGCCUGCAUAAAGUCCAAUAAUUUAACAGAAGCUCAAGCUCUGUUCAACACCGCUUCUCAAAAGGAUUUGGUCACAUAUAACUCAAUGUUAUCAGGUUAUGCCGGCACUGAAGGGUAUGAAACUCACGCGUUUAGCUUAUUUGUCGAGAUGCAGAAGCUGCCUUCUCGUGUUGGAAUUGAUGAGUUCACACUGACAACAAUGGUUAACCUCACUGCUAAGCUAUCACUUGCUAGCUAUGGGAAGCAGCUGCAUUCGUAUAAGGUAAAAACAGGAAAUGAUAGGAGUAGAUUCGCUUUAAGUUCUUUGGUUGAUAUGUACUCCAAAUGUGGGUGUUUUGAAGAGGCUUAUAAGGUGUUUCAGGGAUGUGGAGACGUUCUUGAUUUGGUCGUGAAGAAUGCAAUGGUGGCAGCAUGCUGUAGGAAGGGGGAGAUGGAAAUGGCUUUGAGUUUGUUUUGGAGAGAGCCAGAGAUGAAUGAUACAAUAUCUUGGAAUACGUUGAUUUCUGGGCAUGUUCAAAAUGGUUAUGAGGAGACGGCAAUGAAAUUGUUCAUACGUAUGGGGGAGGAUCAAGUUAGGUAUAAUGAGCAUACACUGGCGAGUGUUUUGAGUGCUUGUGCUGGUUUGAGAAGUUUGAAACUUGGAAAGGAAGCUCAUACGUGGGUUUUGAAAAGGGGGUUCACAUCAAAUCCAUUUAUAAGCAGUGGUAUUGUUGAUGUUUAUUGCAAAUGCGAGAAUAUGAAGUAUGCAGAGAGAGUUCAUUCAGCAAAUGGGAUUGAGAACACUUUUUCUAUUUCAUCAAUGAUUGUGGGAUAUUCACUGCAAGGCAGCAUGUUGGAAGCCCGGAGACUCUUUGAUUCAUUGGUGGAAAAGAAUGUUGUUGUUUGGACUGCUUUAUUUUCAGGAUAUCUCAAAUCACAAAAAUGUGAAGCUGUCUUUGAACUCUUGAGGGAGUUUAGUGUAGAGGAAGGAAUAGUUCCUGAUGCUUUGAUCCUUGUCAGUGUUCUGGGAGCCUGUGCUCUACAAGCUUUCCUGGAUCCUGGAAAGCAGAUUCAUGGUUAUGUAUUGAGGUUGGGUCUCAAAAUGGAUGAGAAGCUGAUUAGUGCAAUGGUUGAUAUGUAUUCAAAGUGUGGGAAUUUAAGAUAUGCAGAGAAAAUAUUUUGGACAGUUAUGGGAAGAGACUUGGUACUUUAUAAUGUAAUGAUAGCCGGUUAUGGUCACCAUGGGCAUGUAAACAAAGCUGUUAAGCUGUUUCAGGAUAUGUUGGAGAAAGGACUCAAACCGGAUGCAGUUACAUUUAUUGCACUUCUGUCGGCUUGCCGUCACGGUGGCUUGGUAGAACUGGGUGAAAAAUACUUUAACUGUAUGUUGAAAGACUACCAUAUUCUGCCUGAGAUUGACCACUAUGCAUGCAUGAUUGAUCUAUAUGGGAGGGCUAAUCAACUAGAGAAAGCUGUAGAAUUCACGAAAGCAAUUCCUGUGAAACAAGAUGCAGUAAUCUUGGGAGCCCUUCUGAAUGCUUGUAAGCUAAACAGGAAUACAAAAUUGGCAAGAGAAACUGAGAAGAAGCUAUUAAGCAUUGAAGGAGAUAAUGGGGCUCGAUAUGUGCAGUUGGCUAAUGUCUAUGCUGCCGAAGGAAAUUGGACUGAGAUGGGGAGGAUUAGGAACAUGAUGAAGGGAAAUUCAGUGAAGAAGCUUUCUGGUUGUAGUUGGGUUUAUGUGGAUUGUGGGGUUCAUGCAUUUACAUCUGGUGAUAUAACCCACUCAAAAGCAGAGGCUAUAUAUUCACUGCUGGAUUUUUUGACUGCAGAGUUACUUGAAUUGUCUAAAUUCGUUUGAGGGGUAUUUGAACCAUCAAAUUCUGUGUGUUUUCAAAAGUGAAGUCAGCAGGCCUUUGGUCCAGGCAAUUCACCAGUCGACCUGAAUGUGUAUGACUUGGGACCCAUUGAUGGCUAUGUCUAUUGGGCUGGCGUAGGCAUCUUUAAUUCUGGGGUGGAAGUUCAUUGUGUAGAGUAUGCCUUUUGGAGUCCGUGACUACCCAACAACUGGUGUCUUUGAAGUUGACCCUUGACAGUGCCCUGGCUUCAAGUUUAGGAAAUCAACUUUGAUGUGGACAACAUGCUUGGAUCCUUUCCAGGUUAGAAAGUUCAUGGAGCACCAAUCUGCAAACUACAAUGGUGAUACCUAUCACUUAAUUGCGAAGAACUGCAACCAUAUUUGCUAUGAUAAAUGACUGGGAACCCCAUACCAAAAUGGAUGAAUCAACUUGCAACUUGCAAGAAUAGGUUCGCUAUGCAACUGCAUACUCCCUGAAUCCCUUAAGGCUACCAUUGUGCCACGUGACCCUGAUUUCGAAGGAAGAGACGGUGAAAAUAAGAGACUGAGAAGCGCCUUCAGUUGCUUGUCGUCAACCUUGAAGCCUCAGAGGGAAGUAUCCCUGCCUUCACUUUUUCUACACUCUUGUGACAAAGGAUGAGAGAAACUUGCUUUCAGAUCCAUUUGAGUUCUGCAGGAAAGAAAACCCAUCUAGAUUGCUACUAUGUUUUCCUGUUUUUGUAACACUUGUCUGUGUUCCUGGGGUUCACUUCCAUUCGUAAGAUUUUAUCCUGCUGCCGUAACAUUUUUGCAGAUUUGUAAUGUUUAGCAGGAGUAAAACCCAUUAAUUGUUUAAAAUGUACGCGUCUUCAGGUAUAUUGAGGAUUUCUUCUUCAGAAUGGAAGUGUGUCUUUGUGCUUAUCUUUUGCCAGAUUCACGUUUUGUCUGAGCUUGACAUUUACUUGUCAAAUUCUUCUGAGAAUA